AUGGCUCCCAAACUCAAUGCGACCCACAUCGGGACGGCUACUGCCAUCCUCGACAUCGACGGGGUCAACAUGCUCACCGAUCCCUUCUUCUCUCCCGCUGGCUCCUCUUGGCCCGUCACAGAGACAAUAAAGCUGCAAGUGAGCGACGAUCCUGCUCUCCGUCUCCAUCAACUCCCCGUCAUCGAUGCCGUCCUCCUAAGCCACGAAGACCACAUUGACAACCUCGAUGAGCUGGGUCGCCGUCUGCUAGACGGACGCCGCGUCUUCACCACCGUCGACGGAGCCAAGAACCUUUCUCCUCGCCCCGGCGUCCACGGUCUCAAGCCCUGGGAGACGAUCGACACAGUCAUCGCCGGAAAGAAGUUCCAAAUCAUCGGCACACCCACCCAGCACCUCCCCGGAGACGAAUGCACUGGCUUUAUCAUUACCAACGAGGGAUUCGGACGCGGCCUCGACGGUCUUCCCAAUGCGAUCUGGUUCUCCGGUGACACCGUGUACAUCGAGGACCUGAAGAAGAUCGGAGAGCAGUACCAUGUCCUCGCUGCCAUCAUGAACUUGGGCAACGCCUACGGACCCAAGGACAAGACCGAUCCCAGCAAAGGCGUCUGCCAGAUUACCAUGGACGGUAAAUCGGCCGUGAGGUUGUUCCGCGAAAUCAAAGCUGAUGUUCUGGUUCCCAUGCACUACGAGUCCUGGGGCCACUUUACGCAGUUUGGAAAGGAGCUUCGGAAGGACUUUGAGGACGAGGGUAUCAUUGAUAAGGUGUGCUGGUUGACACCUGGAAAGGCUGUUUCGGUUCUAUAG